UCUCAUUUUUCAAAUGGUAUUGAGAUAGAUAGCGAGUGAGACGUGUGUCGCGUUGUCAUCGCGAUCGCUGUGCGUUCGCUACUCUUGCAGCCAACAACUGUUACAAAUACAAUACUAGAUUUUUUUUCUGUUCCAUGUGUACCUUUAUACUAAUUUUAAUUACUUUUUGAUUUAAUAAUAGUGAAACGUACACGAGAUAGACAAGACAAACAAACCAGUGUUGUGUUUUCGUUCGGUGUUGGGGCGAGAAGAUUGCAUUAUUUUAACCGAGAAGAGAAAUUUUAUCAGCUGUUUGUGCAUAGUAUGCUCCAUAUUUUGCCUGCUGCAUCAAAGUUUCUCGCCGGUUAUGGGGCAGCGGUGGACUACCAGACAAUUCUGAGAGCCUAGCUGACCACAAAAAUGCGGGGAGAGGCUGCGUCGAUUUUAUGACGAAAACUCUCUCGUAAAAAUCUAUACAUAUCGUAUUUACAUUCGUAGAUAGAACGCGAAAUCGGAUUAUCGAAGAAUCUGUAUAAAGAAUACCCAAAAGUCGACGUUUCGGCCGAUAACGAUAACUUAAUCUGUCGAGACCGUUUUCUUCAACCAAUAGCGUGAUAGCAGUCGAUAGUUUUUUUAUAAAUCAUAUAGUGAAGAUCCGUGGUAACAUCGAGACGUGUAGUGUUGUGUGUUCGAAUGUGCUUUGUAUUUUAAAAUGCGUCGUGAAGAGAUGUGGUCACAGUUAGCAACCCUAGGCUGGGUUGCAGUUAUGGUCGGUUGCCACGCCCCCGCGGGAGAGUUCGCGGGGUCGAGAUUAGCGACCGCGGAUGACAGGUUCAGUGAUACAUUCACUGCGGCCUACAUUAACAUCACGUACCCGAACGAGCAUGGCAAGCUUUACACGGAAACCUCGGAGACUGGUAAAUACGGCGAGGGUUUCGUGGGCUCGUCGCGAGGGGUCGCUGUGCACGUGCGUGCCGCAGGGCCGGAGGGGGAGAAGGACCACACCGGCUGCAAGUGGCCGCUGCUGUCAGCCGCCGCGCCCGGAGAGCCCCUGCCGACUGAACCUUGGGUUGCGGUCAUUAAACGAGGGAAUUGUAACUUCGAGAUCAAGGUGAACAAUGCGUGGCGCGCCAACGCCACCGCGGUCCUCAUUUACAACGACCGUGAUGCUCCCGAUCUCGAGAAGAUGAAGUUGUCCACGGAUAAUGGACGCAAUAUAAGCGCGGUGUUCACAUACAAGUGGAAGGGCGAGGAGAUCACCAGGUUGGCAGACAACGGCACACGCGUCAUGGUGGCCAUCAUUAAAGGCAGACAGACCAUCACUCGCAUCACCGGUGUCAACAAGACGUCAGUGCUGUUCGUAUCGAUCUCCUUCAUCGUGCUGAUGGUGAUCUCGCUCGCGUGGCUCGUCUUCUACUACAUACAGCGCUUCCGAUAUAUACACGCAAAGGACCGCCUCUCUAAACGCUUAUGUUGUGCUGCGAAGAAGGCGCUUUCUAAGAUUCCUACUAAAAGCCUUAAGACUGAAGAUCGAGAAGUGCAAGGAGAUGGUGAGUGCUGCGCCAUUUGCAUAGAGCCUUACAAAGUGUCGGAAACGUUAAGAUCUCUUCCUUGUGGACACAACUUCCACAAGAACUGCAUCGAUCCGUGGCUGCUGGAGCACCGCACCUGUCCCAUGUGUAAGAUGGACAUACUCAAGUACUACGGCUUCGUGUUCACAGGCAGUCAGGAGAGCAUCCUGCAGCUGGAAGUGGAGGAGGCUCGCAGCCGCGCUCUCAGUCCCGCCAGGAACCGCCACCCGCUCACACUUUUGACGAGCGACAACUCGUACACAGCGGGCAGCGAGCGCAGCAGCCGCGCCUCCUCGCCCGACGAGCUGGUGCCCUCUCUGCGCUGCGAGGACCCGCGCCGCUCAGACCUCCACAGUUCGUGUACAUCAUCGCCAUCUGGUGGUCCGAGAGCGGAGUGCUCGAGGCAGGAGACGGCCUCAGUGAGCUCGGCCAGCGACGGCCAAGACUGAACGCGUCCAACAUUGGCGUAUUUGCCCAUCAUUUGUGAUUGUGACGUUUGCCAAACUCCCCUCAUCACCAGUGCCCUGAAUGGAUGGCCUCCAUGUUGGCAUUCCAAUGUUGGACAAACUAUCGCAAUCAUCACAUAUGUGUAUGGAAUGCUGGUUGUUGGAGUUGGCGUUAUGUUCCAAUGUUUGCAUUUGUGCCGUUUGCCAAACUCAUUAAAUUCAUUGACGUAUGACUUUUGGAUGGAUGACUAGGUCUAUUGGAGUAUUACUGAUAUUAAUGACGUUUAACGAACUGCAA